GGGCGACCGGGCUUUGCGCUCGGUGGUACCUGGGCGGUGUUUCCAUGCGUAGUCGCCUGCGCGAGCCGCUGCUUCGGGAGGGGGCUUCGCUGCCGUUGUGCUGCUCUUGCGUGCUUCCUCUCAGCGCUGAGGAGGUGCUUUGGCAUCGAAAACGCCACCGCUAGGCCCUAAACUAUUCUCUCUGACUGGAAAGUUGGGGCGAAAAGGAGGAAAAAAAAAAGUCAUUUUGUCUCUGUUCCCCUCACUUCUAGAUCUGUGGUAACUCGUGCAUAAGCAUGAGCAGAAAAUGCCAAAUUAUAUCCUACUGAGUGUGCUAGAUAUUAUAUGUUUUUAAUCAAACUAGCUCGUGGUAUCUGAAUUCGUAAAGACAAGCUGGAAGAGUGCUUCAGCUCUAUUUUAGGUUUCAAUACUAACAACCGUAAAAACAGUAAAGAGCAAAUCUUAAUCACCACAUCAAGCACAGUGAUUCUCAAUAAACAAUGGGAGCCAAGUUCCCUGAAUAACAUAGGUUUUAUACAAAGACUGUGUUUAGAAGAGAAUUAUUCUCUAAAGGGAUAUUGUUGACUAAUAAUAUUUAAUACUUACGUAGUGCUUUUUGUUUUUAAAAUUCUUUAGAAGCUGCAGUAUGCCCAACAGGGCAAGUAUUACCUUUUUUGAAAAACAAAACUGAUUAUGGAAAGUGAAUCAGUAAGGUGGAGUGACUUGUCAAGACAGUGUAGUGAAUCAUUGACAUAAUCAUGAUGCCUAAUCAUUGAUUAUAUUUUCAUUUGUCUAAAUCAUUCUGCUUGUACAAGUUUGCAUUUAAAAUGUAAUUUAAAUAUUUUGUUAAUGUUAAUGUAUUACUUUUACAGAUCUGCACACUUGGGUUCAGAGCUGUAAAUCCAAAUGCUGCAGAACUGUGCAUAUGAAUCUGCCUGCAAGUGAAACUAACUGGAAACCCAGUUGAAAUCGGGAAUGAAAGCUUCUUUGCUAAUCAAAAGCAAAUAGACGUGUUUAUUAUGAUAAGUCUAUAUUUAAAGAAUCACUAUAUAUUGUAGCAUAAAUUAUGUAGAAUACUGGAGAUUGUGAUUUCUCUGUGAACCAUAUGUGAAUUACUGUGUCAUAAAAGCUCAACUGUGUACUUAAAGCAAAAUAUGUAGAUAAUAAGUAAUUCUGUUCUUUUGCACUGGAUAAAAGUGCUUAGAAUCGAAGGCAAUGAAUAAAAUCCUUUCUUCAGUGAAGCUAACAGCAGAAAAAAACCCAAACCCUACCACACAGCUUUAAAUUCAAUCCAUAAGAGUAGGACAUAGAUGCCACCAAAGGCUGGCACUAUCUUGUCAAAUGAUGACUGUAGAGGUUACUCAAAUUCUUCACAGUGUUGUUUCUGCAAGCUCUCAAAAGAUGAAGGAAAGCUGGUCUUCGUUUGACACUUUUGAGCCAAGCUUCAGGCCUUUGGUAGUAAUUGAGCUUGCAAAAGGCACCAAAGAGGAAACCAGAGAAUGGCUCACUAAAAGAAUUGUGGACAAAAAGGCAAAUGGAGGUGCACAGCUGCUGGUUAAACCAUUGGUCACAGAAAAUGGAGACCAAAAUAUUUAUCUGGUUGGAGCUUCCCACUUCCGGCUGUUGCUGGGAGCUGAAAGUGUGGGUUUGGUGAAGGAAUGUAAUGAUAACUCAAUGAGAACUUUUACAUACAGCAGUAGAAAAACUUUCAAAGGUUUUGCAGAUGAUAAUCACAAUUUCCUUACAAUGGCAGAAUGUCAGUAUAUCAUCAAACAUGAACUUGAAAAUUUGAGAGCUAAAGAUGAAAAAAUCAUCCCUGGAUAUCCUCAGGCAAAGCUAUAUCCAGGAAAAUCAAUUGUGAGAAGAUUAUUGACCAAUGGUAUCCUAGUUCAGAUUUUUCCACUGCAUGACCGAGAAGAGUUGAAAAAGCUCCGACAUACCUGGUAUGGUCGAGUCAAAAUUGGCUAUCAACCUUUAGAUGAAAUACGCUGCUACUUUGGUGAAACCAUUGCUCUCUACUUUGGCUUCUUAGAAUACUUCACAUUUGCUUUGAUUCCGAUGGCUGUCAUUGGGAUUCCUUAUUAUGUGUUUGCAUGGGAAGACUAUGAUAAAUACGUGAUGUUUGCUGCAUUCAAUCUACUCUGGUCCACUGUGAUCCUGGAAGUUUGGAAGCGGUUUUGUGCUGUGAUGACAUACCGUUGGGGGACCCUGUUGAUGAAGCGGCAGUUUGAAGAACCAAGACCAGGAUUCCAUGGUGUUCUGGGUAUUAAUCCUGUCACUGGGAGGGAGGAACCAGUGUACUCCAGUAUUAAAAGACAGAUACGAAUUUAUCUGGUAUCCUUGCCAUUUGUGUGCGUUUGCCUCUACUUCUCACUGUAUGUCAUGAUGAUUUACUUUGACUUGGAACAGUGGGCUCUGGAUUAUCAUAAGGAGAAUGAAUCUAACUUCAGCAGCUUGAUGCUGUUUGUGCCCAGCAUCAUCUAUGCAGUUGUGAUUGAAAUUAUGAACCGUAUCUAUCGGUAUGCUGCUGAAUUCUUAACGUCAUGGGAAAAUCACAGGCUGGAGUCUUCAUAUCAGAAUCACUUAAUUCUGAAGGUUUUAGUAUUCAACUUCUUAAAUUGUUUUGCAUCUCUCUUCUACAUUGCUUUUGUGCUGUUUGAUAUGAAGCUUUUGAGACAGAGCUUGGCCACUUUGCUGAUAACUUCACAGAUCCUUAAUCAGUUUGCAGAAGCCUUCCUUCCUUACUGGCUACAAAAGAGGCAUAAGAAGAGGAUGAAGAAAAAAAUGUAUUCUCAGAAAACAGAUACGGGCCUUUCAUUAGUUGAGCAAGUCAACUUGGAAAAAGAAAUGGGCACUUAUUUUGGUACUUUUGAUGAUUACUUGGAGUUGUUCUUACAGUUUGGCUAUGUGAGUCUUUUCUCGUGCGUUUACCCAUUGGCAGCUGUCUUUGCAGUGCUCAACAACGUCACAGAGAUAUAUUCUGAUGCCUUAAAAAUGUGUAGAGUUUACAAGCGUCCAUUUGCAGAACCCACAGCAAGUAUAGGUGUUUGGCAGCUGGCUUUUGAAACUAUGAGUGUCAUAUCAGUAGUUACUAACUGCAUACUAAUUGGAAUGUCUCCACAAGUGAAUGCCCUUUUCCCAGACUCAAAAAUGGACCUCAUUUUGACUGUGGCACUGGUAGAGCAUAUGCUACUGGCAAUGAAGUUUGUCAUGGCAUUUGUAAUUCCUGAUAAACCAAGAGAUAUCCAAAUAAAAUUGGCUAGAUUGGAAUUUGAAUCUCUGGAGGCACUCAAACAACAGAUGUUGUUUGGACAUUGUAUCCUGCUGGUCUUGAAAACCCUGACGAACAGAAUAUGCCUGUGGCUCCAUUAUCAUGAUGCAGACUGUGCUAGUACUCAGCUAGUUUGUCAGUCCAGCCUGUAGCCACAUUACCUGCUCUGCCUGAUACUGCCUCACAAAAUUGUAGUCAGCAUCUGCAUUCGCAUCCAGCAUUGUUGUAUCUGGUGUGUCCUAGUUGGAUUAAUAUGGUUCGCUGCCGCAGAGUGGAUCAGUUCAGCUGUAGUUCAGAAUUUUCUUGUCCAUGAAAAUGCAAAGCAACAACAUUUUAUGCAGACCGACUUACUAAGCAAAACAAAGGAAAUUUAGUCAAUUGGUAGUGUAAUGUUGAUCACUAACCUUCUACUGUUUUGAUCUGCUGCUGCUCCUAAUCAGAACUUUCCAUUAAUUCUAAGAAGAAACAUUUGGCAGAAGUUUCUGCAGUGCAUUUUCCUCCUUCAGUGCCGUAAGAUACAUUUGCUCACUUCACAAUAGCUAGGAUCUCAUUUACCAGUUCAUGAGCUACUUCUUUUUUGCACUGUCAGUCUAGUGCAAACUGAACUUUGUGUGUUUUCCUUGAGGCAUGAUCUGUUCUUAUUUCAUGUGUCUAGGAAGAUUGUCCCAUAAAACCAUACCUCUUUUAUUUAAAUGGAAAAUUUCACACACACCUCCAAUCCACAUGCUAACUGAUUGCUAGUCACUGGGAGUGAGAUCUUCGUGGAUGGUUAUUUAAAGAGGAAUAUGUACUUAUGCACUAUAGUAAGCAAUGGGUUGCUCUUCCAGAGCUACACUUACCUUAUGAUGCACCCUAAUUCUUUGUCUCUGCAGAAUUUUUUUUAUAUUUUACUGAUUCCUUAUUGAUAAAGAAAGGGAAGCUGGGUGUUUCCAGUCUCCGGUUGGGACUACAGGGUAACCAGACCACAAUGAUCAUGGGUAUCAACAGCAGUAUCAUUGAUAACAAUAUAACUUGAAGAACCAGUUAAAGUAAAAUAGCAGUGCUUUAGCAUUUGGUUUGUAGGUGAACAAGAGGAAAAGGAGCUAGCUCGAUGUUCUGGUGCUGUGCAUCAGUCUGCAGCCAGACUCUUUCUGGUAUCUGGCAAAAAGAGUCACUAUACACUGAGUAUGUUUCAUAGGGAUUGUUUGGUUUGGAAAUGGUCUUCUCCCCUUCCUGUCCCGUUCCCUCAAGUUUUGUACUUGUUUUUCUUUUUAUUCUGUACAUUGUGCUUUGUUCUAAAAGGUUUUUUAUCCUUGCUCAUUUUGGUGUGUAGACUUAUAAUCUUUUCAUUUUUGAAUUUCUUUGUUUUACUUAUCUUAAUGUUUGUGACCUCCUUGGGAGAGAGACUGUUAGGCUAUGUGCAGGCAGUUUCAUGAAGCUGAUUUAUUAAAUGUACUAUUUGCCUUGUUGCAGUUCACCCCGAACUCUAAUCAGCUGUUAGGCAUUUUAAAACCCUGUGCAGGGAGUAUUUUGAAAACAUCCAUUUAUUUGCCACUGUGAGUGUUCUACAGCUCUAAACACAGUGACAAUGGAAUUAAUCCAGGAAAAGAAGUGAUCUGAAAAAAAAGUCAUUUAAGUACCCGUGCCAGCCUUGCUCCACUAGGCAGUUAAUUUGCAUUGAUUUUAUUAGAACACAAACAAAGAGAUAAAGAAGAACUGAAUCUAUUCUGUAUUGUACUGUUUCCUCAUCACAAUAUUCAGUGUUUGAACAAAAUCUCACGGCCUUUCAACUGUAUUAAAUUGUAUUUAAUUUACCCUCAUUAUACGCACAUUUUGGUUAUAGCAUUCAAAACACUCAGCUCUUGAGGCCUUCAUUUCAGAGAGAACAGAAUGUGCUGGUUUGGAAAGAAAACCUAACGCAAACAAUACUGAAUGCUGAAACCUGAAAAUGAAAGUUGAGGGAGAUAGAGAAGUGACAAGAAAGGUAUUUGCACAUGUCACACUCUCAGAAUAUGCUUUCAUUUGAUUUUUAAUUUUGCAUUGAUACCAAAAAUCAAGCAAUUCCAGUGUCUUCACAGUAGAAAAAUAAAUGAGCAACUCCUCUCUGUAUAUGCUGAAAUGUAAGCUCUUCUUACUUAGACUUCUUAGACACUUCUUAGACACACUUCUUAGAGUGAAAUCUCUCUUCUUGCUAUUUGAAGUACAUCUUUAUUUUUCUAACAGACUCCUGUGCAUGUACACAUGUCCUUAUAUGUCUGCAUGUGAAUAUGGAUCUGUAUAUAAUUUUAUGUCCUUUAUUAUUGUUGUGUCUUUGGUAAUACUUAAUCAGCUUGUCAGUGACAAUUUUGGUAGUAGUUGUGAUGCUGAGUCAUUCUGCAGCUGUUUUAUUAAUUAUUUCAGAGUUUUUUAAGCUUUUUCUUUUCUUUGGGUAUAUAUGCAAACUGUGGCCCUGAUACUGUGAAUGUUUAUGUGCAAAUCUGUAUGAGCUGUUCAGCCAUUGUAAAAUACUACUUUCAUGUGUCUCUGAAACUGGGAUUUGAGGUAGUAGCUCUGCAGUUUGAUUAGAAAGGGUGCGCUGGCCAUGAGAAGUUUUUAGAUAUAUUAAACCCUGGAAUAUUGGGAAAAAA